UAUUAACCCAAGAUAUCUCGAACGUGGAGGUCCAGUGUAGGUAGUAUUCGACAAUAAGCUGUCGUGGUUUGUGUACCAGUACGUAUUUUCUGGAUUAAUGUUCGGAUUAAUUUAGGAUUACAGUAAAGCAAGAUUAAGACUAGAAUUAGUAUUGUUGCGAUUACGUAAUGUGUACACAGUGCGUGGUUACCAAGCAGUGUUGUUUUUACAAGAUGGCGACCAGGGGAGAGCGUCUGGCAAGAAAAUGCACAGCUAAACGUGGCCGUUCUUUGGUGAACGACGAGCUACAGGCGAGAUUAAAACAGAUAAAAACUAUCUUGCAGAAAACGACUGAAGAAUGCAAUCAGGAAGAGCUUAAUAUCUUGCGAGAAUCACCUGAAAUGGUGCGAGAAAUCGAACGAAGAGCUGUGAAACAAGCCACAGCCAAGGCCAGAAUAAGAGAGGUUAUUUCCUUUGCUUUUUUUUAAGUAUUUUGGGAAGGGAUUGUAUGUAAUACUGGUGCUUUUACUUCUCUAGGUAUGUGAUUCACCAGAUGAAAUUGUACAAAAGGCAACACAGCUGGCAAAUGCUAUCAGAAACGCGAAUUUCUUAGUUGUUUACACUGGGGCCGGCGUCAGUACGGUAAAUAUAAAAUAUUUCAAAAUUUUUGGUGUCGACUCACUCGAUUCACUUCCCGCCAGUAAUAUGUCUUAUAUCUUAACUUUUUACCAUUUAUUCCUAGGCUGCAUCGAUUCCCGAUUAUCGGUAAGAAUUUUCUUACCAACAAAUAUAAAAUAUAUUUUAACUUGAAUAUUUAAAUAUUUUUGGAAUUUAAAUUGCCCAAUAUUUAAAUAUUAAACUAAUAUUGAAGCUAUUUGCUUGCAGGGGUCCGAAUGGUAUUUGGACUAAACUUUCAAAAGGGGAGACAAUAAAGUAAGGAAAUUUGAAAUAUCUUAAAUGUUUGUUUUAAAAUAUAUAAUUUUAUGAGGGACAAAGAACAAUUUGCCAUAAGUUUUAAAUAAGUUAUGAGGGUUUUCUGGUACCAACAUAAGCUUUUGUCUUUAUUAAAAAGGCUUGCUUUUUUUGAAACUAAACUAAAUAUAUAUUUAUAUUGGAUAGCUCCAUAUCAGUCUUAAAACUGUUCUCUUUUAGAGGUCAAGUUAGGGGCAAAUGGUCAUUAUGUUACUAGAAAUUGUGAAGUGGCUAUUGCUUUUUCUGCAAUCUGAUUGGUCGACAUUUAGACGUACGAAAAGUGAUAUCCCAGCUGUGUGUGGGGGCUAUCACUUUUUUCAAAAUGGCUUCACAAGCUGCUGAGUUUAAAACGAAAUCAAUUUUUCUGAGCAUGUUUUGAAGUUUAACCCAUUGACUGGCUCUCUCCUUGACAGGUAAAAUCAUUUGACGUUAGACAGAGUAACAUAAUAAAGUAGGGCGCAAUGCAACUUCUAAAAUGGGUUAACUAGACACAUGAGCAAAUAGUCUGAUAACCCAAUGAGCAGAAGCACUUUAACCUGGACAAGUAAAAUUGUCUGGCAUUAGACAGCAUAAAUUAUUAAAGUAGGGCACAGGGCACAAUGCGACUUAAUGGGUUAACUAGACAAUUGUACCCGUCAAGGAGAGAGUGAAUUAGUUUUAAAAUUUUAGUAUCUUCAGUAUAUCGGUAUUUUUAAAAAAGCAAUAUUCAAUAUUUAAAAAACAGACUUAUCAUUAAUUAUCAAUAUAUAGCAACAGCUUUCCAGAAACUGUGGUGAAAUUUUACAGUAAUCUAACAAAUGCAUAAUUUAGGAGAUUGACAAGAUUUACACUGUUACGGCACUCCAAAUUAGACUUUUAUUAGAUUCCCGUCCUGUGUCUUCUAGAACUGGCCGCAUAAUUUGUCCAUUAUUACUAAUAAUCCUGUGUCUCCUAGAACUGGCCGCAUAAUUUGUCCAAUAUAUCAUAAAUACAUACUGUAUUUAUGAUAUAUUAUGUAAAAAAAACGAAAUAAUAAUAUGAAUUGUUGUUUUUGCUCGUUUAUUACUAUGGUAACUGCUGACCUAGACACUUCCGUUACAAGUUUUGAUUUCUGAACAUAAAAAAUAAAUGAUAAGGUAUUUCCUGGCUUUCAUUUCUGCAUACAAAAAAUCCAAAACAUUGCAUAGAAAUAUGGCUGAAUGGAUAUUUAAAACACGUACUAUCUAUUUCAUGGAGUAAAGGGUCAUGUUAGAUUCUUUCAGACACCAUGAUAAUGGAAAUGGACCGCCCGCCCACCCACAUGUGAUUUGAAAUAAGAGGCAGAUGGGAAACUGAAGUCUAAUUUGGAGUGGCCUACUGGCCUUGACACCAGUAGACCCAAAUGCAUCAUUCUGUAUUAUUUUAUUCCAUCUAAUGCCAGACAAUUAUACUCACCAAGCAGGGAGGUAACUUCGGUAUUAUGGCUGGGGGGUGUUGCGAGAUUGUUUCGUCCGACUAAAAGGAUGUGACCGAAGUUGUGCCCGACGGAUAUUUCAGUCAUUAAUUGAUAUUUAUUUUCCCAAAAUUAUUGUUGGUGAGUGGGGGGACAUACCAUUUUUCACUAACUUUUGAACUAAUAUAUAAUGUACCAUAAUUUGUACAAUUUUUCAGUAAUAUUUUAAUAAAUUUAUCAAAAUUUUCCCCACAACUAUUACUUUUCAAUAAGUUAUGUAAAAUGUUUUGCUUAAUUACAUAUUUUUUUCGUUAAAAUUGUUAAACUUGCCCGACAAAACUGCAAUAACCCCCCCCCUUGUAGUUACGGCCCUGUCUCCAAGGGAAAAUGUUAGCACUCAAUUGGUUAAUCAGACUAUUUGCCCAUGUGUCUUGUUAACCAGGCUGCAACUGGCAUGCACCCUAAUGCAUCCCACUCUGUCUAAUGUCAGACCAUUUUACUCUUCAGUAGGAUAGUGUUUGCACUUCAUCAGUUAACCCAUUAAGAGGCAGCCCUCUCUCUUUAAUGAAUAAAAUUGUUUGGCAUUAGUCAGAGUAAAAUACUAAAGUAGGGUGCAUUGCCACUUAAAGGGUUAACAGAAUUUAUUGGCAGAUAGUCUAAUAAUUUCCCUGGGGUGGGUUGUUCAAAGCUGGGUUAGCUUAACCCUAGGUUAACCUAAAAUUUAAGGCGAACUUCCUGACAGCUUGUCUAUAAAUUUAAAAAUAGUUCUUCAGAAAUCUUGUCUGGAUCAGUAGGAGAUUACUUCUCUGAAGUUUUGAAAUAAACAGAUGUGCAUUUUGUUAACCGGGCUGCAACUGGCAUUGCACACUAAUGCAUCCCACUUUGUGCUUUUACUCUGUCUAAUGCCAGACAAUUUUACUCUUCAAUAGGGUAGUGUUGGCACUUCAUCGGUUAACCCAUUAAGAGGCAGCACUCUCUUUGGGUUAAAUUUUAACCCAUGGUUAGCGCUAACCCACCUUUGAACAACUGGACCCAGGAGUGGCAGCAAAUCAGAUCUCCCCUUGACAAGAAAAAUAGUCUGGUCACAUGUGCCCUACUUUAUUAUUUUGCUCAGUCUAACCCCAGAUCAUGUUACUCUGUCUAAUGCCAGAAAAUUUGACUCAUCAACAGGAGAGUCUUGCACUUUAAUGGGCUAAAGGGUUAACAUGCAUACAAAAUGUAUUUAUGAAAAACCAUAUUUUGUUGGGUUUUGUAGAUGGAAAUUAUCGAGUGGAAAUUUAUAUACAUUUAUUAGAUUUAACCAGGAACAGCUGUGAAAAAUACAACUACAGAUCCCUGGCAGGAAUCGAACCUACGGUCCUGUAUAUGUUAUGCUCGACAUAAAACAUUUAUUUAACAUGUGAAUUUCUGUUUGUGUAGGAACUGCACAAAUCUUUCCGAUGCUGAGCCGACCUUGACACACAUGAGUAUUUUGAAACUAUAUCAAGAAAGACAUGUAAGGAAACUCAAUUUUCACACUAAUUUUUUAUAGGAAUUUUUUUGAAAUACUGUACCAUUAAUGGUAAAUAAUUCAAUAAUUCAACAUCAUGUUUUUUUACCAAUUUACCAUUUGGGAAAUUUAUAAUAACUAAUUAUGGUAAGAGUUCAGUUUUUGCAUGAGUUGGGUUUUUUUCUUGUGAUAGGGCGUAAAAAAAAUACCUGUGGUUCCGGUUCCCGACCGACCCUAUUUUUUCUGCCGACCCUAUUAUUUUUUCAAUGCGAUUGACCGUGCGACAAUAUUUUCUCCAGGUGGUUGCGGGCUGCUCAUACAGCGUGGUCCUGGGUGAAACAUGCAAACUAUAGUAAAAAUUUUGCAUGCACGCUCAUGUUUUGAGAAAAACAAAUCGUUUUGACUGACAUAAUAUUUUGAAACAUAGUUUCAAAUGCAUAUUUCACAGUUAGCUCACAAAUGGCCAAUUUUAAAAUCUGCUAAAUUCUGGUUGAAUUGUAGAAAUAAAAUUUAACCCAUUAGUGUGCAAGACUCUCCCUUUGAUGUGUAAAAUUGUCUGACAUUAGACAGAGUAAAAUGAUAAAGUAGGGCAUAUUGCAGGCUAAUGGAUUAACAAGACACAUUGGCGUUAACCAUUAGUGAUCAAGACGCAUAAAAUCGUAAAGUGGGCCAUUCCAUUUAAUAUCCCCCCCCCAUAUGGCUGAAUUCUGUAAAAUUUUAACCCCUAAGAAAAAAAUAUCAAAGUGCUGACACAAAACACCCCUCAGAAAUUUGUACAUUUUUCCCUUACCCCUCAGAGUAUUGCAGAGAUCAAAGGAUGCCGACAGGCUUAACCCCUCUGAAACGACUUUGGGGUCAUCCUUCAGAAAAAUUACUCCAUAUGGAGGGUGUGGACAUUAAAUGGAAUGGCCCAGUAGAGCUUAAUUGGUUAAUAUAAAUUUUGAUCUCUGCCAAUAAAGGUGAUCCAGCAUUGAGCUAAACCCCCUCUCCAAGUUCAGUAACUGACAGUGACUAUUGCCUAGGUUAAACAUGUUGUAUCUCAGAACUGCGAUGGUCUACAUCUGCGCAGUGGCUUACCGGGCCAGGCUUUGUCAGAAGUUCAUGGUAAUAUGUAUAUGGAGGUUAGUUCAGUUCACUAUAUAUUAAUCAAUUGUACAUUCUAUCCUUGCAUGCAAAAAAACCAAUUCUCCAAUAUUCUGACUAAUAAUAUGUUUUUAUCAGUUCAAAAUCAUUGUUUUGUUAAAAGGCAAAGGUUUCUGACCAUUGUCGAAAUGUUUGGAGCAGUAUGAGGCAACGUUUGCAUUUUUGAAAAAUAACUCGAAAAACAAAGGUCACUGAGGUCCGCCCUUUGCAUUUGAACAAAUAUUCAAACAUUUUUUAAAACAUUUUUUAUCAGUUAAUUAAAUAUAUUACUUUCUUGGAAUCAAAAGUUUUUUACUACUGCAUUUGCAAAACGUUUCAAAUAUGUUAGGUUUCAAAUUUUUAAGUUUGAAUUUUUAAAAAAAAUAAGUGGAAAAUCAUUUUGGGGCUCACAUUUUCUCUAGUUGCCUGUGACUGCCCCCCCCCCCAAUCAAUUUGCUUUUGAGUCAAAUUUUCAAACUUUUUAAAACAUUUUUAUUAGUUGAAAGUCGUUUAAAGUGAAAAAAACAAAGUGGGGGGACCACAGUGCCUCUGGUUGCCUGUGGAGCAAAAUUUUUCAAAAUUUCUAAAGUUUGUUUUUAUCAAUAGAAAGUGAUGUUUCCAUUCCAACAGUUUGCGAAACGUUUGGAGUAGUUUGAAGUAAAGUUUGAAUUUUUGAAAACCAAAGGAAACACCACAGCAAGCCUUAAAAUAUCGGUCGGAGAACCGUCUGACAAAAUGUUCGAUGACUUUAAGUUUGGAUCGGACAUAUGUAUUGUGAUGUCCGAUGACAUUGACUUCAGUUUGGCUUGGAAUAUGAAUGCAGACACAAAUGAAUAUCAGCUCAAUUUGGAAAGGCAUUUGAAUACACAUUUGCAAUUCACUUUUAGUACAUUACGUAUUCUGCUUCUCCAUUGAACAUACAAGCCUAUAGUCCUGGGUCUAGGGUACAUUUUGAUUUACGUUGGACAAAGUUAGGGUAAGGCGGUUUUUCGGUAAACCGGAAAAAAACCCCGAAAUACCCAAUGUUACUUUUGCAGAAAAACCGGGGAAAACGAAGAAAAAUCGGUAUUUUAGUAAAAUCGAAUCCUGUUUUGGCAAAUCGAAUCCAGUUUUGGCCAGAUUUUACUAAUAAUGAAUCCAGUUUUGGCAUUUACACACGAAAAACUAAAGAGAUUUUAACGUUAAAUAUCUUGCGUGAGUACUGAGUAGAUACGUUAAAUAUCUUGCGUGAGUACUGAGUAGCGUGUUGUAUCUUUUUUUACCGUAAGAUAAGAUAAGAAACUUUAUUUAUGUGUCAAAACAUUCUAGCGUUUAGCACGCUAAUUGGGGAUACGUAGUUUCGAUUUUCGAACGUAUUUUUUAAAAAAACGGACCCGUUUUUUGGUCGGUUUUCGUUUUUUUUGUAGAAACCGCGCCUCACGUUAGACAAAGUUACAGUUAGGUCGGACACCAACACACUCGGGUUGGACAGAAUGUCCGGUGGUUUCCUCCCUACGUCGGACAAUUUCACGAAAGGGUCGCGCAAUGUCCGUGACCAAUCCAUAUUUUAAGGCCUGGUGCCACAGUACGUGUGGUUGCCUGUAGUCGUCCUGAGCCAAAUUGAGACUUGUGUUAUCUUUAGGUGUGUACCGAAUGUGAUCCAGAGCGAACCUAUAUCCGAACAUUUGAUGUGACAGAAAGGACAGCGUUACGUCGGCACAAUACGGGCAGAAUGUGUCACGUUUGUGGAGGAAAACUACGAGAUACAAUCGUGCACUUUGGUGAGAAAGGCUGUCUCGAAUGGCCACUUAACUGGCAGGGUGCUAUUGAUGCUGGAAAAGCAACUGAUUGUAUUGUUUGUCUUGGUUCCAGUCUCAAAGUAAGAAUUCAUGGCGGUCCUGUGAUGUUUACAAUAAAUAAUCUAACUUUGUUUAUACUGGGUAGUUCUGUCAGUUCUAAAGUCUUUCUCCCUAGAAAUCCAGUAAGGGCCAUCUCUUAUUGAUCCAGUGUUAAGGCUGCAUUCCAGUUACGCGUUUUUCAUACGUGCGUACACGCACGUAAAAGUUGAAUUCGCUUUACAUCCUACUUAUGAAAUAACUAAAUUUAUAAAAGGACAGCAUUCAGUUUUGUGUAUGAUUUAAUGUGUAUUUGUUAAGGUUAUUUGCACUUAUAUGAAAUUUUAAGCGAAUUCAACUUUUACUAGCGUGUACGCACGUAUGAAAAACGCGUAUAACUGGAAUGCAGCCUUUACUAUAAGAGGAAACCUAAACUAAACUAAUUUUAAUUAUACUGGAUAGCUCUAUCAAAUGUUAACUGUUCUUCUUAGAGGUUCAGUAAGAAUCAUCUCUUAUUGAUCCAGUGUUACUACAGCAGGAAACCUAAACUAAACUAAUUUUAUUUAUACUGGAUAGCUGUAUCAAAUGUUAACUGUUCUUCAUAGAGGUUCAGUAAGAAUCAUCUCUUAUUGAUCCAGUGUUACUUUAAGUGCUAAAGUUUUAACUUUAUUUAUAAUGGAUAGCUCUAUCAGUUUUAAAAUGUUUUUCCUGAAGGUGCACUAAAGGCCAUCUAGUGUUACUACAUGCAGGAGAAAACCUAAACUAGACUAACUUUUUAACUUAUCGAAUGUAAACUGUUUUCCCCAGAGGUCCUGGUCAUCUCUUCUUGAUCCAGUCUUAAUACAGGAAGAAACUUGGUCUGAACUAACUCUAUUUUUAUCUAACCAGUAACCAUUUUAUAAACAGUUCUCCCUGGAGGUCCGGUAAAAGCCAUUGGUUAUUGAUCCAGUGUUAUUACAGGAGGAAACCGGAGUACUCUAAGAAACUUGCUAGGUUUGGUGGAGCAUAGGUUAUUGUAAUAAUUUACCAUUCGAAGCAUUAUUGAUAUAUUACUUAAUAAUUUGUUUAGGUUUUAAAAAGAUACAAUUCUCUAUGGGGCAUGACCAGAACGAAAGCCAGAAGGCCACAGCUGUUUAUAGUCAAUUUACAGGUAUAGAAACGACAGUCUGAAAUCUCUUUAAUUCCUUGCCAAUGACCACAGCUCUAUGGCUUAUUUUGUGAAAAGUAUGAAUAGGUAAUGAGUUUUGCAGCCAAUUAAAUUUCAGAGUUGGUCACAUACAGUAUAUAUAUAGCCUUGUAAACCCGAUGCAAUAAUAAACCUUAUGCAUAAUGACGUCGCUUGAUGCCCGCGAAGAAAUGCUGGUCUUAGUAGUCAUCGCCCGAGAAAAUUUCGAUAGUGGCCAUUUUGAAUUGUUUAAUUUUCCCGUGCGAUAUAUGACUAGUAAGACCAAUAUUCCUCGCGGGCAUCAAGCCUUGUGAGGUCAUUAUGCAUAAGGUUUCUUGAAGCUAAGCAAACUUUUUACAAAGUAAGUAAGUAAUUGGGGGUGUGUUAAUCAUUCUUACUUGCAACCAUAGUUAAUAGAGGGGAUGGUUUGGAAGCUCAUUAGCAUUACAAUAAACCUCGCUAUCUAUGUUUUUGUUCAGUUUUAUGCAAAAAUGUGGUCUUUCAUCGUCACGUGCGUAUUGUAUUUUUGCUCAACCAGCCAAUAGCAACGGUUUUGUCCAAUUGCUCAUCCAUGACUUUAACAAUAGGACAUUUUAAACAUUCCUAUUGGUUGACUUGAGAAAAAUACAACACGCACGUGACGAUGAAAGACCACAUUUUUGCAUAAACCUGAACAACAUAGAUAAUGAGGUUUAUUGUGAUUUUAUUGUAAUGCUAACGAGCUUCCAAACCAUCUCCUCUAUUAACUAUGCUGCAACUGAGAGCUAAGCUGAAUUGCGAGGGAUUUCUAAGGGCGCCUCUGGAGAAAACCAACGACCUUCGGUAGAGUGUCGACUGACUCCAUUCAGACGAGUGUCAUGAGUCCGCAACGAUAAUCGAACCCAUGAUCUCAGAGGUUGAAUCGCGCCACCGAAGCCCCGUUUUGUUAUCUCUAUUCGUUUGUUUAUCUUUAAUAUGUCAUUUCAGUGGACUCCGAAAGAUACGUCAGCAACUUUGAAAAUUAACGGUCGAUGUGAUGACGUCAUGCAACUCGUCAUGGAAAAACUUGGGUUGGAAAUUCCGGAGUAUAAAAGGUACUGUAUAUGAUGAAUACAAAAAGAAAAGGUUAACCUCUUAACGUUUUGCCGAAUUUUGCCUGAACAUCAACAAAAAGUAAAGACGAACCUUUUAACUUUUUGUCGACAUAAAAGUAAAGGCUCACUACUUUUAACGUUAUGUCGAAAAAAAGUAAAGGCUAACUCUUUAACGUUAGCUAGAGGAAAAGUUAACGCCAAUCCUUUAACUUUUUGUCGACAAAAACCAAUGUUACCCCUUUACUUUCAAAAACUCAAAGUGGCCAAAAGUUGACAAAACAUGAAAGCUAACCCCUCUAGUUUUCGUUGACAAAGAGUAAAGGGUACAGUACAGUCUAUUAACUCGCAGAACAAUAUUCGUUGCAGGAAAAACGAUCCAUUAUUUCGCCUGUGUAUGCCGUUACGAGAACACGAAGUUGCCACGAAAACAACAAAGAAUAUGGAGCCGAGAAAUAGCGAACAAACGAACGGUGAAGCAAAACAUGCUUCAUUACAAGAUGUAAAACGCGAGGAACAAGACGGGGUAGAGUGGGAUAAUGGUGAACAUUUAGGAGCAGGAUGGUACGGCAAGGGUUGUGCCAAGUUAAAGAAACCGCGCAAACGAAGGAAGCUUAAAUAGACGAGACAGUAUGAAGAAUAGAAGUUUCUCAAGAUAACACUGCAGUUAAACGUGUGUAUAUUGACCUUUGAGCUCUAUUUAUGUCUGGAGCAUCGUCCCCAGUGAGCUCUAUGUAUACCAGGUGAUCUCGUGUUCGUAUUUUAGCCAAUCAGUGCUCAGAAAGGGUUGUCCGAAUAGAAAUCCAUUUUGAUGUAUUCAGUCAAUUAUAUCUUUCGUUAUUCUUUAUGAAACUAGUUGAAAUUUUGUAAUUAUGUUUGGUUAUGAGAACUAUAGCUUUGACAAAAAUAUUGAAUCGAAAUAAAGUAUAUUACAGGAGAUCUUCAGUUGUUUUAAUCAUAAAAUGGAUUUCUAUUUGACAACUAGUGCCAGUACUUUUCCGUGUAUCAAGAUCAUCUGGUACUGGAGCGAGAACUCGAAUCUAAAAAGUGAAACCAAGAAGUUCCAGUCCCUUUCUAUUGCAAGGAGUCGGCAUGGUGCGUGUCAAAAUUUUGUAUUUUGACAUCGAUUUAAAGAAUAACACUGUGGUUUUAUGAACUUACAAUUUGUUUAGCGAUACGGUCCAUUAUACUGGAAUUAGCUGGGGGAAAGUGUAUUACAGUUGAUUUCACAUAACUUUUCCCUAACUAUUGUGAAGUUCAUAAGUUCAAAAGUUGAUAAUCAUAUUCACAAACCGUUUGUAAACAAUGCAUUUGAUUGGCUUCGUUUAGUUCAGGGGCCAAUCAGAGGCUUGGUUUAUACAAUCCAGCUUGUGAAUACGGACUGUAUCGCUAACCAAGUUAUCCGUUCAUAAAAUCAUAAUUUUAGUCUUUAAAUCGAAGUCAAAAUACGAAAUUUUGGCACAUUCCUUAGAAAGGGCCUGAAACUGGCUACCACAAGUUUGCAUUAUUUUCUGUUUUAUGUAUUACCAGGCCACAGAAUAAAGAUCAGUAACAGAAGGGACACUCAGCGGUGCAACGUGUCCGCGUUUUUUUAUGCAAAAAUAUGCAGUUUACUGGCCAGAAGGCGGAGGAGCCAGCCAGUACAGCGUGUUUAUUGGCCAGAAAAUGUCAUUGACUGGCAGGAAAAUGGCGGCCAACAUGCGUAAUGCGCGAGGACAGAAACUUCAAAGCUUCCGACGUAAGUGGCCCUUCUAUAUGGAUCCUUAUUCUAUGACCAGGCUAAUAACUAAUUUUUCAAAAGAGUUUAAAAUCGAAAUUAAUUUUGGAAGAAAAAAGAAUGACAACUAUUUUUCGAAUCUGUCUGCUAUACAGAUUGGUUUCAUUAUUUGAGUAUUUAAUAUUAUAAUUAUAAUGAAAAACCUCAUCUUCAUCAAUUUUCACUGUCAGUGUUUCCGGAUAUGAUGUCAUUAGAUGCAUUUUUGGAAAAAUGAUCUGCUAUUAAUCUAAUGACAUCGUAUUCAGAAAUUCUAACAGUGAAAAAGUUGAUCAAGAUGAGGUUUUUUACUAUAAAGAUAUAUUACAUUUCGUCUACGAAUGACAUAUAAAUAGCUCAUCGUUCAUGCUACGGUUCACAUGGUGGACAUUUACACAAAAGAAUCUCAUCACUUAUCCUCCAUCUGUUUUUGUGUAAAAGUCUUGUGGGAUUGCUUGACAUAAGCAAAAAUCUUAUUUGGGGUAUUAAUAAUUUUAAGGAUUGCAACAUGUAGUAUUUAUAUAUACGUAUAUUUAUGCAAGCAAUCAAAGAAAGGAACAAUGUAUCUCAUUGACCAGUGUAGUCGGGUCAUGGCCCACCUUGUUCAAAUUUUUUUGGGGGAGUUGACCCCAACCCACCCUGAAGGUCCAUUUCCACUCAAGAAAUUGAAAAACAUUUCCACAGACAGAACAUUUUCCGAAAAUAUCAUUGUUAAAAUUUCAAAAUUUUCAACUUUAAAAUUUUUUCCAGCGGAAACUUUGUGUCUGCCAAUCAUAUUAUAGCCUAUCAAAUUUUAGUUCUGCAGAAAAUUUUCCUGAGUGGAAAUAUGGGCUUUGAUAAUAUAACACAAUUUUGCCAAGUUAAUGAUUUGGCAUUAUUGUACAAUUGAAAUACACAAUUAUUCCAAUUCAUUUUUUAAGGUUAGACCAGUAAUGCUAAUGCUCCUAUAAUAUAUCGUAUUUUCUUGUCUUGAUAAAAUUAAAGUUAAUAUAUUAACAAACAAUUCAUGUGGACAAGAAAUUAAUCAUUUCUCAGAAAUGUAAAUAAUAGUACUAUUUGUGUGAAUAUUAAG